AAAAAAAAAGAAAACUUUUCAUUCCUUCUUUUCUUGAAUAAACCUCUUUUGUCGACGCAAAUUCAACCCAUUUUUAAAUUUUCCUUCAACGUUAGAAUACUAUGAAAUUUGGAUAUACAUUAAGGACAUCGUUAAAUCCAGAAUGGACGCAAUAUUACUUGGACUAUGAUGGUUUGAAAGCUAUUUUGAAAAAAAAGUUGCCACAAGCUGAGUGGCAGGAGGAGGAUGAAUCUAAAUUUGUUGAAAAGCUCGAAAAGGAGCUGGCCAAAGUGUACAACUUUCAAAUCGUCAAGUUGAAAGAGAUAACAAAACAUAUUGAAGAAGAAAGUAAAGAAGUGGAUGCAUUGUGUACGAAAGAGAACCCAGGCGAGGACGAGUUUACGACGAGUGAAAUCGAACUGAGCCAAAUCAUCGCAGACGUUCAUGAUUUGGCCAAGUUCACUCGCUUGAAUUAUACAGGUUUUUUAAAGAUCACCAAAAAGCAUGAUAAAGUGACGAGUUGGCCUAUCAAACCAAUGUUCAAUGCGCGAUUGAAUGCUAAGCCUUUCUACAAAGAAAAUUAUGAAGCGCUCAUCAUUCGUAUAUCCACACUCUACGACAGAGUUCGAACAAGAGGCAAAGAGCGUGGCGGUGAUUCGGGCGCUGGCGGCAAACAGUCGGCUUUUGUCAGAAAUACAACAAAAUAUUGGGUACAUCCUGAUAACAUUACUGAAUUGAAAUUAAUCAUCUUGAAGCAUCUGCCAGUCCUUGUCUUUAACCCCAACAAAGAAUUCGAGCAGCAAGACUCUGCCAUUACCAGCGUCUACUUUGACAACGACGAUUUUGACUUGUAUAAAGGCCGGUUAGAAAAAUCAGAAGGCGCACAGGCCAUUCGUAUGCGGUGGUACGGCGGUAUGGAUACCAAUACCAUCUUUGUCGAGCGCAAAACGCAUCAUGAAGAUUGGACCGGUGAAAAAUCCGUCAAAGCGAGAUUUCCGAUCAAAGAGAAAUACUUAAAUGCCUUUUUAAAGGGCGAGAUCACCACAACAGAACUGUUUGCCAAAACAAGAGAACAAGGCACAAAGACAGAAAAGGAGAUUGAGGAAAUGGAACAGCUAGCACAGGAAGUUCAGUACGCUGUCCUCACCCGCAAGUUCCAUCCAAUGAUGCGUACGUUUUAUAACCGUACGGCGUUUCAAUUGCCGGGUGAUGCGCGUGUGCGUAUCAGUUUAGACACUGAGUUGACAAUGGUUCGUGAGGAUAAUGAUGAAACUACCGUUCGAUCGGGAAACAACUGGCGUCGCAUGGAUAUUGGCGUCGAUUACCCUUUUAAGCAGCUGCCAGAAGGCGAUGUGUGUCGUUUUCCCUAUGCCGUUUUAGAAGUGAAGCUCCAAACGCAAUUUGGCCAAGAACCUCCUAAAUGGAUUGUAGAAUUAGUCAACUCGCAUCUCGUGGAAUCCGUGCCAAAAUUUUCCAAAUUUAUUCAUGGCUGUGCUAGCUUAUUAGAGGAUAAAAUCAAUGUCUUGCCCUUCUGGUUGCCUCAGAUGGACAUUGAUAUUCGCAAGCCCAAUGUCGAUCGCUCGUUUGGUGUCAAACGGCCUGACGCUCUUCAUAGCAGCUCUACUUCUUUCGACUCGGAUGGUUUGUACAGUGACGGGUCCAAACUAACCACAACCGAUAGCGUCAGGAUAGCUUUGGGUGAUGCUGACAAAGACAAUGAAACGACGCCGUUAUUACGAAAACGCUCGACCGGUAAUACAACAGCUACAACAGCAGGACAAGAAUUGUUAACCGAUGAGGAAGCGAGCUAUGCUUCCAUAGCUGCUUCGACCCCACCUGCAUCCACACCAUCAAAGAAAAAAUUAUCACCAGCGGGUUUACAGUCUAUUUUCAAAAAAUCAAAAGCUUUGUUUAGAGGCAAAGAUAAUACAGCAAGCCUACAAGAGCAAGUUGAUCCACAACAGCAGCAGGAGGGCGGUAUGAGCCGUCCUCGUGCUGUCGUACCUGUCGCUGCACCACCUGCCAAGACCUAUUUUGCAAAUGAGCGUACCUUCUUGUCAUGGAUACGUUUUACUUUGUUACUAGGUGCUUUAGCUAUCGGCUUGUUGAACUUUUCUGAUCGUAUUGGACGUAUCUCUGCCAUCAUCUUUACUGUUGUGGCUAUGAUCGUCAUGGUCUAUGCUCUCUAUAUUUUCCAUACUCGCGCAAGUAGUAUCACCAUCAAAGAAGGCGGUGAUUACUCUGACAAGUAUGGCCCGGCGAUGCUGACUCUAUUCAUGGUGGUGGCUAUCAUCAUAAACUUUUCACUUCGUAUAUCCACCGAAGGCUUGUCCUAAAUCCAGUUCUUUCCUUUACUAACUCCUUUAUUUUAUUCUUUAUCCCCCUUUUUUGUUCCUUUUAGCUGACGUACAAUUUUACACCACCAUUUUUCAUCUAAUUUUGACCCAACUAUGUAUAUAAACAUGUAACAUCACGUCGAAUUUCUUUAUCUUUUUUUUAACCAAAUAUCUUUACAAUUCCCGCUAAUACCAAACUUGAAAAUAAUACACUUUGCUACAUAAAAUAUCCUGAAAACUAUCGUCGAUAAAACCGCGUCUUUCACUGCACAAACUUUCCAGUACUGUGAAGUCGGUGGUUACUAAUACUUUUGCUCACCAACAUAGUUGCUUUACCAUCGGAAUAAAAUUAUCAUGGUAUUGACCUAUUUA